AUGAAGUUCAGUGUUGCUCUAACUGCUUUACUAGCCGCCUCAUCUGCCGUCGAUGCCUCUCCAAUCAGUUUCCUAAGAAAGAAGCAUUCUGCUAAGGCCUCUUCCACUACCUCUACACAAGUGAUUGCUAAUUCUAGUAAUUCUACUAGUUUCUACAACAGUUCUAACUCCACUGUUGUCUCCAACUCUAGUAAUUUGACUAAUUCUACUCAUAACAGUACAUCUUCUGUCAAAUUACAUGAAACUAUUCAAGUUUAUGUUACCGGUGGUCACGUUUCUUUAGAAAACUCUACUAAGAGCUCUUCUAACUACACUACUCUAUUAAACCAAACUAGUGCUCUAAACAUCACUCAAUUAUACGAUGUUGCUACUGCUGUUAACUCUACUCUAGCUGCCAAUGAAACUAAGGGUACUGUCAUCAUUACAUCCGAAAAGAACUUAGAAGCUCUAGGUUUCUUUGCUGCCGUUGUCUUCAACUCUUCUGCUCCAGUUGUCGUCGGUACUGAUGCUGCUCAAGCUUAUUUAGUCGCCAACAAUACUGGUGCUGCUAAUAGAGGUGCUUUGGUUGUUGAUGUUGAUGGUGUUAUUUACUCCGGUGUUUACUCUCCAUCUCUAGAUCAAGCUGCUUCUUCUAUCCCAGUUGGUACCAUUGAUGAUAAAGAUUCCGUUACUUGGUUCUUCCAACCAUCUCUACCAUCCUUCAUUGCUGAAGACUCUAUCUUAAGAACCAACUACACCAACUUUACCAACACUAACCCUCUAGAAUACUCUAUUGUCACUCCAUUAGUUCCAAUUGUCUACGAUGGUGGUUACAGUGAAGAUUUAAUUAACUCUGUUGCUUCUACUAUCUCUGGUCUAGUCGUCAUCUCCUCAGGUGCUUCUACCAACUCAUCUACUUCUCAAUUGGCUGCUCAAAGCAUCCCAGUUGUUUACACUGAAACUUCUCCAUUAAACAUUGUCUCUGAAGGUGAUGUUCCAGAGGGUGCUAUUGGUGGUGGUUCUUUGACUCCAGUUAAAGCUCAAGUCUUCUUAGGUAUUGCUAUCGCCAACGAUGUUGCUGAUUCCACAUCUAUUGCCAACUUAUUGAAUUAA